AUGCUAACCUCCGGCCUAACCAACGCCCCAAUCACCAAACUCCUCCUCAUCUACACCAUCGCCUCCUCCAUCGCCCUCUCCAUCCUCGACAUCAAACACCUCGCCAGCAUCCGCGUCUCCCCGCAUCUCUGGCCCUACGCCCAAUUCUGGCGCCUCGCAACAUGGCAACUCGCCGGCUUCGCCAAUUCCACCGAGGCCCUCUUCGCCGCAAUGCUCGCCUACCAUCUCCGCGUGGUCGAGCGCGCAUGGGGGAAGCGCAAGUUCGCUACAUUCAUCUUCUCCACGCUACCAUAUACCUCUCUCCUCCCACCGCUGCUCCUUAUCCUCCUCCGCCCGCUCACCCUCUACAAACUGAACUAUCUCCCCUGCGGACCGACGGCCACGCUCUUCGCCCUGCUGGCGCAGUAUCAUGCUGGGAUCCCGCAUACGUUUCGGUAUAGGAUAAGCACGUCUACGUCUACGACUACGGCCUCGAAUACAGAUGAUAGAGGAGAAGGACGUCAGCAAGGGAAAUACCUCACGCUCCAUCUCUCUGACAAGUCAACUACGUACCUGGUUGCGGCGCAGCUGGCUCUGUCGCAGUUUCCUGGGAUGAUUCUCCCCGCGGCGGUGGGGUGGUUUGUUGGGCUUGCGUGGCGGGCGGAGGCGUUGCCGUUGCCUGCGGCUGGGUGGAGGGUUCCGGCUUGGGUGGUUGGGGAGAAGGAGGUGGGGAGACGGGGAGGACAGGGGGGAGAAGCGGGAGAGCGGUAUGAGGAUUUGAGGAGGAGGUUGGAGGGUGAGGCUGUGGCUGCUGCGGCGGCGAGUGGGAACGCCGGGCUGGGGAGUGAGGCAUCUGGGCAGAGACAGCGAAGGCGGGAGGGAGGGUUUAUGGAUAGAUUGAGGGCGCUGUAA